AUGGAGAAACCCCGUCUCUACUAAAAAUACAAAAUUAGCCAGGCAUGGUGGUGCAUGCCUGUAAUCCAGCUACUCAGGAAGCUGAGGGAGGAGAAUCGCUUGAACCCAGGAGGCAGAGGGUGCAGUGAACUGAGAUCUCACCAUUGCACUCCAGCCUGGGCAACAAGAGCGAAACUUCGUCUCAAAAUAAUAAGUUUACAGUCUCUGAAUAUGUACCAAAUGGAGCCAGGGGUGGGGAGUAUUAGGACAAGCCACCCACUGCAGCCCCCAGCUCUCACUCGUGGACUGAGUGCAUGGGACACAGCCAUUCGGAAAGCUCUUUCUUUCGGAGUGGGACUGGGUGUUCUGGUUUUGGUUUAAUUGUUUUAUCAUUUUGUGACAUUGGCACCUAUUCUUCAGACUGCAUCCUUGCCUUGCUUGCUUGAAGCUGGAGCACAAAUGUUCCAUCUCCCUGUAACAACACAAGUAUGCGUCAUCCCUGCGAGGCUUAGCUUGAGAAGCGGCAUCUCCAGGAACCUCCUUCUGUGGUCCGUCUGCCACUUUACACUGUUGCUCUCAUUUCAGUCACUGAGGCCCUUUCCCUUAUCCUCCAGGGACAUGGUGCUGCUCUAUAAGCUCUGACUCCAGUGUGACUUUCAUAUUGCUCCUCCAGAUAGCAGUGGCAGUGGCAUUUGCAAAAAGGCUGAGAACAAGAAUAAAAUCAUCAAAGUGAAGAUGAUAGUAAAACAGACCUCAUUUUUCAAAGUCCAUUCUUUUUUCUGGUCUAUGCACUGCCAGCUCACUCCUCUGGCUAAAACCCGGGGGUGGCGGGGGUUAGUUUUGCAGAAAGCACUGAUGGCACAGAUGUGCUCCAAGUUAACCAGAAUACAAGAACCAAAAAAGCCUGUGAGACACUGGUGCUCAUGACCGCAAGCUCCAGCUCGGGGGUUUUCACAUGAACACAAAAAGGGGGCUUCUCCCAUCCCAAGAUGAGUGAUAAAUGAGGCACUUCUCAUACACUCACACUCACUCCAUUCCCUCUGGGAUGACUGUCUUCCAUCCUAUAGCUGUGGCUGCUGUUCUCUGCCUGAUAAACUUCUUUCCCUCUCCCUCCCUCUGACACAGAAACACACACAGACACACAUACACACACACACACACACCCCACUGGAUCUAUAAGCAGUUUGCAACAGGAUGCACCAGUUCUAAUCACUUUUCAAGUCAACUGAACCAGUCACAGCUUCCUAAUCAGUGAAUGACUGACAUAUGGAGUUAAUUCAGAAGCAGCUCAAUACUAUGGACAAUACUAGUGAACAAUAUUAGCAUAAUGUUUGUACAAGAAAGAUACCAUAGUCUCUUGUGCUCCCUCUUCAAGAUGAAUUUGCUGAAAGUGAGUCGUAAUUAGAGAUGUUAAAAAAAAAAAAACAA